CGAGUUUAGAUAUUGCAAUUAUUGUUUUAUCAUUGUACAGCAUCGUUUAAGGACUGAAAUAGGAGCACCCAAACACAACAACCAGCCGGACGGCUUAUCUGUCAGUCAUACCGUGGAGAUUUCCAUAAAUCUGUGGUUUUAUUGAACCGCGUGCAGAGCGACCGGACUGGUGCACCAGUGGUUGUUCUGUAACACAGUAGGUGAAGCAUAUUUCCCCAAGUGAAGGGUAGUACUUCUACAAUGAAAGGUAAUCGCUAAGCCCCACAGGUCCCAAGGAGCUACAUGCGGGCUGCCAUGUUGACUGUCACCCAGAGUGCAUUUGUCGACCCUUGAUCCUCUGGACUUUUGCAUAAAAAACAUGUAGAUCUUUUUUUUUUGCGAGACCACUGACUGCUAAUAUGUGUGUCAUUACGAUUCCCCCCCUUAAAUAUUAAUGCAUUUUUUGUAACAUUGUUCACAAACUGUAAUCUAACCGGAUGUGACGUCUGAUGAAUCUCAAGUGACGUCACACAUGUUUUGUUGACAUUUGUUUGCGAAAUACAUAACGCGAGAGAGACGCAAACACACAUACACACAGAGACGGUUUAUUUUGGGAAUCCAACUUAACCUCACCCAACACAUCACAGACCUCCCGAAAAACAAAUACACACACCCGCCGCAGUCCACCAUAAAACCAACGGGGAAAAGCUCAACGGGGAACCAAGUCCGACGUCUAGCGCUAGCGAGGAGCGGAGCAGGAUUGGAACAAAACAAACCGCGUCCUCCGCCGAGCGGCUGAAUCAUCCAGGGGCUAGCCAGUAGCCUGUCAGCUGGACGUGUUGACUUAGCUCUCCCCCCCCUGCAGGGGAACACCACGGCUCAGGGCGAUGUGGUGGAGCUCCGUCUAGGCUGUAGGCAGUGUUCGUUGGUUAACCUAUAGAGGAGUGCGUUUCGGCGGUGCCUGCUUCAGACCGAGCCCGGGAUGGUGGAGUGUGACCCCGACUGUCACGCUAGCACACGGCGCCGUUAGCUUGUUUUCCAAGCCCGUACAUUAUCUUAAAAAAAAAUACAAGGGACUGUAGUAUACCAAAAAAUUAAAUAAAGGGUUGAGGACUCGCUUGAUACCCCGGGGAAGUGGGUGAAGAAUGUGAAGGACAAUGGCCAACUUUGAAGCUUACCAGGAGUACCAGAGGAUUGAGGACUUUGAGGAGGACUCGCCGCCAGGGGAGGAGGAUUUGUUGGUGCAUGUGCCAGAAGGCCUGAAGGACUCAUGGCACCACAUCAAGAACCUGGAUAACUUCUUCACGAGAAUCUAUCAUUUCCAUCAGAAGAAUGGCUUUGCCUGUAUGAUGUUGUCAGAGUUCUUCGAACUGAUUCAGUUCCUGUUUGUGGUCACAUUCACAACGUUCCUCUUCAACUGUGUGGAGUAUGACAUCUUAUUCGCCAACCGGGCCGUCAAUCACACCGGGACGGGCCAGAACCCAUUGGACAGGAACAAAGUCACACUCCCUGAUGCUCUCCUGCCUAGCCAGCAGUGCACUGAGAACAUCCAGGAAAACAGCUGGAUCAUAUUCCUCCUGAUCAUGGCAGCCAUCUUCUGGAUCUACCGGCUGGUCAAAGUCUUCUGCAACAUCCUCAGCUACUGGGAGAUCCGGCAGUUCUACAUCAAAGCGUUGAAGAUUAGGAUGGACGAGCUGUGCAACUUCACGUGGCAGGAGGUUCAGGACCGGCUCAUCAGCCUGCAGCGGGAGCAGCAGAUGUGCAUCCACAAGAAGGAGCUGACGGAGCUGGACAUCUACCACCGCAUCCUGCGCUUCAAGAACUACAUGGUGGCCAUGGUCAACAAGUCCCUGCUGCCCGUGCACCUGCAGCUCCCCCUGCUGGGCGACAUCGUGUUCCUCACGCAGGGCCUCAAGUACAACUUUGAGCUCAUCCUGUUCUGGGGGCCCGGCUCGCUGUUCCAGAACAAGUGGAACCUGCACCCCAAGUACAAGCGGGCGGGCAACCGGCUGGAGCUGGCGCAGCAGCUGAGCCGCGUGAUCCUGCUGAUGGGGCUGGCCAACCUGCUGCUGUGCCCCUUCAUCCUGGUGUGGCAGGUGCUGUACGCCUUCUUCAGCUACACGGAGGUGAUCCGCCGCGAGCCGGGCAGCCUGGGCGCGCGGCGCUGGUCCCUGUACGGCCGGCUGUACCUGCGGCACUUCAACGAGCUCAACCACGAGCUGCACGGGCGGCUGGGCCGCGGCUACAAGCCCACGUCCAAGUACAUGAACUCCUUCACGGCGCCGCUCCUGUCGGUGCUGGCCAAGAACGUGGCCUUCUUCUCGGGCUCGGUGCUGGCGGUGCUGAUCGCGCUGACGGUGUACGACGAGGACGUGCUGACGGUGCAGCACAUCCUGACGGCCAUCACCGUGCUGGGCGUGGUCAUCACCGUCACCAGGUCCUUCAUCCCCGACGAGCACAUGGUGUGGUGUCCGGAGCAGCUGCUGCAGUGCGUCCUGGCCCACAUCCACUACAUGCCGGACCACUGGAGGGGCCAGGCCAACAAGGGCGAGACCCGGGACGAGGUGGCCCAGCUGUUCCAGUACAAAGCGGUAUUCAUCCUGGAGGAGCUCCUGAGUCCCAUCGUGACGCCCUUCGUCCUCAUCUUCCUGCUGAGGAACAAGUCCCUGGAGAUCAUCGACUUCUUCCGGAACUUCACCGUGGAGGUGGUCGGCGUGGGGGACAUCUGCUCCUUCGCCCAGAUGGACAUCCGACGCCACGGCAACCCAAUGUGGAUGUCGGAGGGCCGCACGGAGGCCUCCGUCUACCAGCAGGCGGAGAACGGCAAGACGGAGCUGUCGCUCAUGCACUUCACCAUCAAGAACCCGCGCUGGCAGCCCCCGCAGGACGCCUCCAUGUUCAUCAGCCACCUGAAGGAGAAGGUGCAGCAGGACGCCCAGGGCGGGCCCUCCGCCCGGCUGCUGCUGUCGGAGGCCCCGCUCUGCGGCUCGCUGCUGCUGUCCAACGAGUCCGGCUCUGGGCCUGACAACCUGCUGGCCAGCGUCCUGGCCCACCCGGUGCUGACCGCGUCGGGGCUGCCCGGCCGGGACCGCGGCUUCCUCCCGCCCAGCACGGCGGCGGCGGCGGCGGCCAGCGUCUUGGCCUCGCUGUCCGCCUCGCAGCUCCACCCCCAACCCGGCCGCAGCCACUCCCUGAACCCCCUGCCCUCCUCCCUGCACCCCGACAGCCCCCUGUACGGCAGCGACCGCACCGUCAUGGACAGCAUGUCCAACAGCGACGCGCGGUUCCGAAGCAGCACGAUGCUCUCCGAGUUCUCCUCGGCGGAGAUGAGCCUUCACGCCAUCUACAUGCACGAGGUCCACCAGCAGAGCUCGGCGCCCCAGAGGACUUCAGGGCAGGGCCAGCACCCCGUGCCCAUGAGAGAGCUCCACACCAACCCUGGUGCGCCUCACUCACACAGCCUCCACUCGACGGCCGGCCUCGCCGGGCCCGCCACCCUGGGGGGCUGGAAGGAGGAGGAAGAGGAGGAGGAGGACCAGGGAGAAGUGGAGGCGGUCGUCAGCGGGUCCGCUCCCCAACCAGACGGCAGGAGUAGCUGCUGAAGUGCCUUCUACCAUAAGUGUUUACGCUUUCCUUUACUUCAACGAACACUGUGGCCUUAGUGGAUCACCGCGGGGGGGGAAGCUUUGAUUGGACCUUUUAAAGCCGUCACUCAAGAGUUUUCAGGCGGUCGGGACUUGAUUGGACACUGACCCCCUGUUGGCGCGCCACCACGCCCCUCCUACACCGUCCCGUCAGGCGAAACAUGGCAGGGAAAAAACAAGUCUUCCAUCGUCUUUCUUCAUCUCUAUGCCAUGACUCAGUAUGUAUUUAUAAAUGUUGCCCUCUAAUCCUACGGAGUGUUUUGUGCGUGCGUGUGUGUGCGUGUGCGUGCGUGUGUGUGUGUUUGUGCGUGUGCGUGUGAGCGAGAGAGAGAUGCAGGGCUGAUCACUACAGUGUCCAAUGCAACCUGCAUAUCAACAGACAUUGACGUUGCAGCAGAAGGAGCUCUCCGACCCGUUCAGUGUUGAGGCGGUGAUCUCUGUCUCUCAGAGCGUUGGAAGCAGCAUCCCCUUUCACUUUUCCUUUGAAGAGCAAGAAGGUCUAUUUUCUCAUUUUUUUUAUCUCUAGUAGACUUUAUGAGCUUUUACCUGUUGCUCAUCUAGAUCGUUUUGCUUUUCUGCAUCGCCGGAGGGCCUCUGAGAGAGGACAAGCAGUGAGGCGUGGGCUGCCGUGCAAUCUGAGGGGUCGUUUAUGCAUAUUUUAUCAGACUUGACAACGGGCCUGCCGGGCUUGAGUAUAAUAGGACUUUAAACUGGAGGAAACGUAUGCUUUAAAGCUGCUCCUUUUUUUAUUUUGGUCCUCAAAAUGUACCAAUUGAGACCUAGUAUUACUAUCUCUGAAACCUUCUAUAUAUUGAUUGCCGCUAAGACAGGAUUCAAAGUGCCAUUUAAAAGUCACGUUACAAUUUAAUCCAGAAAGUAAUAUGAUUAGGCAGUUGUUUGUUAGCAUAAACACAAAUAACCCGCUAAAGCUAACCACAAUAGGUAGGUCUGAAGUAGAUGAGGUCUACACUGAAUGUUUUUAAUGUGAAUCCUAGACGUCAGGAGGAUUGGUUCUAUUAUUUCUGCUACAGUACAAUUAUUCAUCAGGCAGAUCUUGGGAAAUUAUAUCAACACAUCUAUGUAUCAAAGUCUGCAUUACAGAAUGCAGUUCAAAGAUUGCAACGCAAAGGCUUUUAAGGAUAAGUGUAUGUACUAACUUUGAUUUUCCAUAUUCUGAAUACAAUAAUUGCCCUCUCCCCACCCCUUAAAAAAGAUUAUGCAAACGUUGGAUAUUUGUGAUAGAGAUUUGAUCACAGUGAUUGUAAGGUUGUGAGCUGCUCAGCAAAUGAUUAUGGUUUGCUUGUGAAACAGCAUGUUCUCUUUGCUUUGAGCUUUUCAGGUAGGUUUAGUCUAAAAUAAUAACAAUUAUAUAAUUUCUCAUCAAUCAGGUCAUUUUAUCUUAUAUUUAUUUGAUUGUGUACAUUAUUUCAUAUUUCUUCAAAAUAUUGAUUUAUCUUAAAUUCAACUGUUUUUUCGAGACAUAACAUUGAACAGGCAAUAUUGUGAUAGGUGAAAUUCAUGCACAAGAGCUUUAUUUUCAGUUAAACUGAAAAUAAAGCUAAUUAGAUCAGAAUGCGUUUUGCGCUACUCUUCACAUGUGCUCCAUUGAAAACGUAGAAGGUGUGUCUACUUGCAUUGCUUCCUAAACCAUUAUCCUGUAUUCUGUUAUACCACUGUCAGACUUCUGAGAGCAAAGCAAUGGUAUCGCUCUCCCAAGUGCUGCUUUGUGUUUUGUAACGUGUUUGUGUUUGUGUGCGUUUGGUGUUUUUGAAAGAAUAGGUUUUUGACAUAGGCUGCACAUUUAUAAUAUCACACGACUCAGCAUUUUGCACUGACGGAAGGAGAAAAGACGUUUUCAAAAGUCUGGUGUAACUUGCAUCAGCGGCGUCGUUUCAAGUGGAUUGUGUCUCCGGAAAGGGACAGAUAGUUAGUUUCCCGCCCAUGAAUGACCUCGCUCACUGUUUGUGUGUGUGUGUGUGUAUAUAUAUCUAUAUAUAUGAGCAUCGCAUCGAGAUCGCCGUGGUCGUCCUCACCGAGCGAUCCGCAAAGCACUGUGGCUGUCGUGUACCUCUGGUUUCGUGAACGUUUUCACAUGACACAAGACGACGUGUCACACCGUGGAGUAUUUCUUUCUGUUGGAUUUGUUUUGAAGCUUAUGUUUACAGACUUGUAGACAGUUGGAUCUUCACUCUUAUCUGAUUCCCCAUCAUAUUUAAUGCCCUCCAUAUCGACACUUUUGUUCUGUUUUCACCAGUGCCUUAGGGCGUAGUCUUAUUAUUUCCACCCCAAACCAGCAUGUUUUUUCCGUUCACACCUUUUUAGCAGCACAUAUGUACAGUAUUUAUUUAUUUUCCGUUCUUUUGGCAAGGUGGUCGUGUUGUAGUAUCACGUGCGAGUCGUACUCUGGUAUCGUGGAUGUGGCUUGUGUAACGUCAGUGGAAAACGGGACAUCGUGUCUAAAGUCUGUCUUCACAGGAGUGUGUUCACUAACACUAACUGUUGAACCCUGUCAUAUCGUGGCUUACUCACUAUAAUCCAGUCUAAGAAUCCAUAUCGACAGAGACAAGGUGCUAUGUUUCAAUCCUACAGUGUUGGAUUGGUUUUGAUGCUUUUUUUUUUUUUUACACAUUUGCUUUUGUUUUGUUUUUGAGUGACGAAGAAACACAGGCUGAUAAUAAAACUUGCCAAAAGAACUUAUUUUUCAGCGGAGCUUUACGAUAACAAUUUUGUUUUCCUGUAAGUUAAUAGAGAAGCAAAUCAUAUUUUGAGGGUAUUUAAUCUUUGAAGUGUGUAUGCACAUGUCGAUUUGAAAUAAAAUGAAAUGUGUAAACAUAGGUUUUUCAUUUAUCAUUUGAACCUUCACCCUUCAGUGUUCAUCAAAGGAAAUGAGGUAACAAACCUACAAAUAUUAACAAUAAAUUCUGCCCUUUUCGUUCCCAGGAACAAUGUUCCAAACUGGGUAAAUCAGGGUGCGUCGAGUCUUCUAUGAGGCCACAAAAACGCACACCCAAUCUGUUUCAAAGUGGUCUUAGAUUGUAUGGUAAUUCUCAAAGUGUACUUUUAAAACUCCCUUUGUAGGAUUAGCCUAAUAUCAUUGCAGAAUAUUUACCACCCAUUUGCCAGAUGUUGUUUUUCUUUGUAGUACAGGAACGUGGUACUUGGCAUUGUAAAAAAGAUUAUAAGCACAUUUUUCUAUAGUUUGCAUUUGGUUUUUUAUCAUGAAAACAUGGGUACUUUAUGGGUGAACUAUCAAAUCUAAAAAAAGGAAGUGAACAAACAAAACAAGUUCUUGACUAUUUGAAAAUGCAAUAUAAAUCAAGAAAAUAAGUGAGACAGGCUCAAGCCAAUGCGCUGCUACCUUUUUUUUUUACCUUAAAGCAGGCUUAGCUAUAGUCAGUUUAUGCUGUACGCGUUCCGCCGCUGUUUCUGUUUCCCUUCCCGGGCGACGGUAGAACCAUGCCCUAAACGACCUCCCCUGCGACCUCUGGACCCACGGGAUCCCCUGGAGCCUCUGGACCCACUGGAUCCCUUGGAGCCUCUGGACCCACUGGACCCCCUAGAUCCGCCACGGCCCGCUUUUCCUGAUCCACGGCCAGACCUGCUCCUUCUCACUCUGGUCUGUUAUCAGGAGAUGGCACAGAAAUGGAUGCAGGGUUAAAGAGGUGAGGAUUCAGAUUGGUUCGAGGUCGAGACAAUAGGGUGAAAGAUGUACAGAUUCAACAAUUUGUCACUGCUUAAAAUAAUGUAUUCCGCUUAAUAAAAUAAUUUAGUAUUCUUGAUGGUUACAUUUACUACUGCACUGUUUAAUUAACUAUUCGGGCAACUGCACACACAUCAUUACAUGUGAAUGUGAUGUUCUUCGUGAAUCAUCUGGAGAACAUCACAUCAUUACAUGUGAAUGUGAUGUUCUUCAUGAAUCGCAUGGAAAAGUUCACAUCAUUACAUGAGCACGUGAUGUUCUUCAUGAAUCAUAAGAAUAACAUUCUCAUCAGCUCUACAUAGAUACAUCUUUUUUUUUAAGUUUGGAUAAGCCUUACCAGGGUUGCCUCCUUGAUUGCAGCAUCACAGUUGAACUGAAAGCCUUGAAUGUCAGCAUCUUGGUUUAUGUAGCUCAGGGUGAAAUUGCAAUUCAUAAUUUUCUGGAAAAGACCAAAAUGUGGAAAUAGUUCAUUACAAUUUCAAAAUAACAUUGUCAUGUGAAUCUAACAUUACUAAAAAUACACGUUUUUCAAGAAAGGAUGGUUGUACAUGCUUACCCCGUUUUCCUUUAGUGGACAUUGCUGUCCGGGCAUGGAAGUGUUCACUUGGCUGCAGUCUAACUCUUGUGCAGGGAAUGUCAUUUUUCUCACUGACAUGGUGGACAGGUCCACACCCUCUGGAUAGACCUGUAUCAAAGAUAGACAUAGUUCACGUUAAUGCAAUAGUAGCCAUCUUUCAUUUCAGCAUUAAAUGGCAUUAUAGACAUGGCAUCAAGACAAAGUGCUGAAGCUGUUUUCUAUGCUUACAGUUUCAUCCCGAAGCUGGUCCAGCAGGGGGCGGAAGUUUUUCAGAGGAAAGAUAAAGGGGUCCGGGAUCAUCUGAGCCUCCGCCAGUAAGGUAACCGCAGCGAAGCACAACAAUCUCAUCUGAGUCGUCAUUUUCAGUUUGGCUUUGUGCUGAACAAUUCCGAACUCAACGAGAGCCUGAGCGGUUCUUAUAUAGCAGGCUUAUGACCGUUGAGCCACCUCGGUGAAACUUCCUGUGGCGUUAUGUUGGCCCAUUUUACGGGAAGCGUCCUGUUUUUUUUCUCUGUUUCAUUGGUAGGUCAAAAAAUGAAUGCAAGUCUGUCCCUGUUGCAAUUGUAAAGAUUUAAUUUGACAGAUUUUUGACAGAUCGUUU